UGCUUAACAAGACGACCGUAGCAAGCAUGUCCGUCCGCCGCAACGUGCGCAUGCGCCGCGAGUACCUCUACCGCAAGGGUCUCGAGGGCCAGGAGCGCGCCCAGUAUGAGCGCAAGGUGCAGCUCAAGAAGGCCAUCGAGGGCGGCAAGGCCAUCCCGACCGAGCUCCGCAGCGUCGAGGAAGACCUGCGCAAGGAGCUCGAGUUCGACGAUGACAAGCACAUUGUGCCCAAGUCGCACAUUGACGACGAGUACCAGAACGCGGGCAUGUUUGACCCGAAGAUCGCGAUCACGACGUCGCGCGACCCAAGCGCGCGCCUCAAAAAGUUUGCGCAGGAAGUCCGCCUCAUCUUUCCCAACGCUGUGCGCCUCAACCGCGGUGCGCACACGAUCGGCGACCUUGUCGAGUCGGCGCGCGCCAACGAGUUUACGGAUCUGGUCAUGAUUACCGAGACGCGCGGCGAGCCGGAUGGUCUGGUCGUCUGCCACUUGCCGUACGGCCCGACUGCGUACUUUUCGCUCCAGAACGUCGUCAUGCGCCACGACAUUGAGGACCGCGCGACGGUCUCGGAGGCAUACCCGCACAUCAUCCUCGACAAGUUCAACACGUCCAUGGGUCAACGCGUGGGCAACAUUUUGAAAUAUUUAUUUCCCGUGCCCAAACCCGACUCGAAGCGCGUGAUUACGUUCUCCAACACGGACGACUUUCUCUCGUUCCGACACCACGUGUUCAAGAAGACGGGCCGCGAGGUCGAACUCCAAGAGUGCGGUCCUCGCUUCGAGUUGCAGCUCUACCAGAUCAAGCUUGGUACGCUCGAGCAAAAGGAGGCCGAGAACGAAUGGGUCCUGCGCCCGUACAUGAACACGGCCAAGAAGCGCCGUGUCAUUUAGAUGGGCUGGAUUUCGCCCCCUUGC